AUGGAUUCGCCGAAAGAUGAGGCCCCCGAGAAAGUGGAGGCGGAAGCGGAAGCCACGAACAAGGAACAAAAUGGGGGAACAGAAAAUGAGAAAAAAAAGGGAAAUGCAAAGAAAAACAGGAGGAAAAAUUCUAUGAGGAAAUCCAAAAAAAAGGCAUCCAUAUCUUCAAAAAAUGGCCAAAAGAAUUACAAAAAAAUGCAAAAGAGCAAUCCUGCUAGUACCCCCAAUUCAUUGCCCAUUUGUCCUCCACCCCCCCCUCCUCCUCCACCACCUCCCCCUAUAACGGGAGAUGGAGGGGACAGCUAUAAAUUCAGAAACAGUUCCAACAUGGGCUUAUUCAAUCAAUGCCCAAUUCCUGGAGGUUCUGCUGGUGGGAUGCCCAACUCCAUCCCCCCACCAAAUCAUCAAAUGAUGAACCCACCACCCAGUUACCAUCACAAUAUGAACAUGGGUCCCCCUACCACUGGACCCUUACCUCCCAUGAACCCCAGAAAUGUUCCACACAAUCCGAACAUAAAAACGGCAAACGUUAAUAUGAGCUGCAUAUCUAAUUGCAAUAUGCAAAUGAAUCCUGCCAACCUUCAGUCAAACAUGUACUAUAACAAUACGUCCAAAAAAAAUUAUAAAGGGAAUAACGUAAUGGAAAGUGAAACUUAUGUGUCAACUCCUACGUUGAGACCAGCUCCUCAUCUACAAAGCAACAAUGCCAUGAGCAUGAAUGUAGAAAAAAGGAACAUGUUGGUGUCCAAUAGUUAUAUGCACCAAAGUGGUGAAUAUACCUAUAUGGACAUGCAACAACAGCAGAGUGGCAGCGCCAAAAAAGUCCUCCCCCCUCCGAGCAUGAAGCAGAAUUAUGCGAAUAUGCCUCCCUCUGCCAAUCCAAAUUAUUAUGUGUACAAACCCCCGGGAGAACCGGCUCUAUCCAAGCUUUCCACAAACGAAUAUGGGGACGAUAAACAAAUGUACGGGACUUAUCCCAACUCCAUUGAAGAUAGCAGUAUUCCCAAAUAUUAUCAACCCAGGGCGUUUGGAAGUGAUCCGAACGUCAAUAUGUGGGGAGGCUCCAUGGGCACGUCCAUCCCCAAUGCCCCAUAUGAUAGCAGCUUAGCGAAUAUGAAGUACCCCAUGUAUGACCAAGGUUCAGACAAAAUGAAGUUCAACAAGUACAAGGACAAAAUGGGGAGAAUGCCCAACCAGCCCUUUGACAGCAAGCCGCACAACAUAAUCAUCACGAAUAUCCCGAAAAACCUUAGUUCCAGGGAAAUUAUGGAAACCUUCAGGUUCAUGGGGAACAUUCUUCGAGCAGACAUUAUGUUAACCAGCAAGGGCGAGCACUCAGGCCGCGCAUGCUUAACCUUUCCCGACUACGAAUCGGCCGCCUUCGCAGCUAGCCGUUAUGAUGGUGGCAUGUUGAACAACCAGAAAAUAAAAAUGUUUGUAGAGUAA